CAGCCAAACUCCACAGACAAAUGGCACAACAAUCAGUGCCAGUGCUGAAGAUUUACUAUCCUGACCUGUCAGUAUUUUUUUAUGUCUCUGCCAAGGACUUGUGAUUUGUGCACGCAUUGGCAAGGGCUCCUGCCUCCUGGCAUCAAAGAUUUGUGAUUGAUGAGGUAGCAACUUUUGCAGUCUUGAGUCACACAAAGGGGAGAUACAAAUGGUGGACUCCCAACUCCUGAGCUGAAGUUUGCAAAGCUGGCUUCUGAUUUAACAGAACAUUGCAGUCAAUCCCAAAAACAUUCAACUAAUGAAUUAACCAUAAACAAAGCCGAAAUGGUUCCCUCGGGUGAGAACAUAACUUUCCCCGUGUCAGAGAACUGUCCCAACUGCAGCUCCUCUUCCUAUGCUGAUAUGGAUAACACUAAGGCUGUGACCCUGGGUCUGGUGCUGGGAGUUUUUGUCAUCUUCGGGGUUCUAGGUAACAUCCUGGUCAUUCUGUCUGUGGUGUGCCACCGCCACCUGCGCUCUGUCACACACUACUUCAUCGCCAACCUGGCAGCAGCCGACCUGCUCCUGAGCUCCACCGUGCUGCCCUUCUCUGCCACUUCGGAGGUCCUGGGGCGCUGGGUGUUUGGCCGGCCAUUCUGCAGUGCUUGGGCUGCCUUGGAUGUUCUCUGCUGCACUGCCUCUAUCCUCAGUCUGUGUGUCAUCUCUGUGGACCGCUACCUUGCUGUCAGCUACCCGCUGCGCUACCCGGCCAUGGCCACUGGGCGGCGCGGCCUGGUCGCAGUGACAGCUCUCUGGGGCCUCUCGGCAGCCAUAUCCGUGGGUCCGCUCUUCGGCUGGAAGGAGCCCGACCCAGAGGACGAGACUGAGUGCCGGAUCACAGAGGAACCGGGUUAUGCUAUUUUCUCUGCCCUGGGGUCGUUCUAUGUGCCACUGGCUGUCAUUCUGGCCAUGUACUGCAGGGUGUAUGUGGUGGCCAAGCAGAAGUCCCGGGACCUGAGGGAGGGCAGGAAGAGUGAGGGGGGGAUGGUCACGAAGGGAGAGGGAGUGACACUGAGGAUCCAUCGUGGAAAUGCCCCUGCUGUGCCAGAGGGCCAGGAGGAGGAGGGAGAAAAGGGCACCAUUAGGCGGAGACGCACCACCUUCGCCCUUAUGCGCCUGCUGAAGUUUUCCCGGGAGAAGAAGGCAGCCAAGACACUGGGCAUCGUGGUUGGCUGCUUCGUUCUCUGCUGGCUGCCCUUCUUCCUGGUUAUGCCCAUCGGCUCCAUAUUCCCAUCGUACAGGCCACCUGACACCAUCUUUAAGAUCACCUUCUGGCUGGGCUACCUCAACAGCUGUAUCAACCCCAUUAUCUAUCCCUGCUUCAGCCAGGAGUUCAAGAGGGCAUUCCUCAACGUUCUGCAUGGACGCUGUCUCAGACAGGGGGGCAGGAGCUCCAAAUCUUUGGGGUUUGCUUCUUCCUAUGGUCCCAGUCCUGGUCCAUCGUCUCUUAUCAGAUCCAAGCCUCCCCCCUCCUCCUCCAGCUUCUCCACCAAGCCUCGCCAAGCCCCCUCCCCAGCCUCUCCCUCCUUGGGCUGCUGUAGGACCUUCUCUGGCUCCUCUUCCUCAGUGGGGGUGCCAGGCCAUACCCACAUUGCUCGGGUCCAGAGUAAAAGCCUGCUGAAGGCGUGGUUCUUUGCAGCGGGGGAAAGACCGCCACCAUUGGGUGCUCCUUGCCAAAGCCCUUCAGCCCUUGCUACAUGUCAAGCCAAAGUCCAUCGCCUCACCAUGGGAGCGAAAGGGGAGGCAGUGUGACUGGGAACACUAAAGGUUGCUGGACAGUAAAAAAUCUC